CCUAAAUGGAGGCGUCACGACGCUUUUUGGACGUCGCCACGCUGGUUGUAUCCACGCAUUUUGUUUACAAACUUUAUCUGCUGGCUCAGUGGCUUGACGCUUUUUGAACGCUGUCGACGACUUUUCAAGGGUUCUUGAGACAACUUUAAUUUUCGAAUAGGUAUCGCAUCUUUUUAAAAAUGUGGAAAGUAUACGGAAGUGUUAUGGUUUUGUUCAUGGUUGGUGUAAAUACAGUUUAUAGCGUGAAGUGCUACAGUUGUCUGGCCAACCAUAAUUACGAGGAUUGCGCCAAGCCGGAUCUCAGCCAAAUUUCCCUGGUUAAAUGCGAUAUGACAGCUUUACAACAAACCAGAGAGUUCGCCCAACACAUAGAUCACUCUUAUCAUAAAUUGUUCGAAGUCGAUAGCAUAGAUGCUGAACCUGGGAGAAUAGGAAUGGCUUGCCUUAAGAUGAUCACUAGAGUUGGAGGCAAGGACUACUUUCUUCGAGGCUGUCAAUUGGCCGAACAAGGGAAUCUGGACAUAUGCAAUAAAGUAAAAGAGAAAAACAACGGAUUAGUACAAACAGUGUCGUGCGUCAAAUGUACCUCGGAGGGUUGCAAUUCUUCAAGCGAAUUUAAGGCCAAUGCGUUUUUGGCUAUAUUCGCUACAUUAAUAACCAGAUUAAUAUUUAGCAUAGUUUGAAAUUAGUGUUGAUUAUAUGUUGAACAUAUUUAAGAAAUAUGUAUGUAUAUAUAGAAUUGAUGCUUUUAGAAAGUGCAAAUUAUAUGGCUAGAUUGUUAGCUUUUUCAUGUUAACUUGCUUGGAGAACUGGUCCGGACUGAAAUUUGAAAUAUAUAUCAUGAAGUUUAACUUGUAGUAAAAUCGGUCUUUUUCUUUAGAUGAAAAAAUUAGGGUUCUUUAUUAUACAUCUAUUAUUUAUACAGUGUCCAAGAAAAUGUGGAAGGUCUCUCGGAACAUUAAAAAAUAAGAUGAGAAGUUUCCAUAAUUUUUUUCCUAGCGGCCCUCCCUACGGAGUUACGGCUUCCAAAAGGACGCCACUGGAAAUCAAUUUUUCUUGAAUAACUUUCAAACAACGUAAUAUAAUUUAAUGAAAAUUUAAUAUGGUAAACAGUAGUAAGAACCUCUUAAAAUACUGCCCUUAAAACAUAAUUAGCUUGAUUAGUUUACCAGGGGCGGACUAGGUUGUACAUUUUAUUGCUUACAUUUUUAACACCCUGUAUGAUAAGGAGUUAAAAAAAAAUAACUUUCGAUACCUUGAACAUUAAGCUAAAGAAAAGGUACUCUUCUUCAUUGUCGAUAAAAUGAACCGUUUUCGAGAAAAAAAAUGAAAUAAUUAAUGUUUUAUUUUUAUUAAAAAAUUAAACUCCCAAAAUUGGCUAAUUUCAAAUUGGUAAAUUCUAAAAUACAACUUGGAGUAUUAUGUUUUCAUCCGAAACUCAUUUAAGCUUGUAACAAUUGAACCCAAAUACGCUAAUUAGAAAUAAUCAAUUAAAAACUUUAUAAGUGGGUUCAACAUGUGCUCCGUGAACUUUGAUACACUCGCAGGCCCGACGAAUAGAGGACUGCUGUACUCCUUACAACAACCCAGCAUUAUUCCUUAUCACAUGACAAUGAAAAGUGAUACUCUGUAAAAGUUCCUCUCUAGUAUCAACCGGAGAGGAAUACACUAAGGUUUUGAGAUGACUUCACAGGUAAAAAUCCAUUGGGGUUAGGUCGGGAGACCGUGGAGGCCAGGCAAUUGGACCUCCUCUGCCUCUCCAACGGUUUCGAUAGACGUUAUUCAGGUGGUCCCGUACAGUGACGCUAAAGUGAGGUGGGGCUUCAUCAUGCAUAAAAUACAUGCUUCGGCGGUUUCAAGUGGCAAAUGCUUUAUUGAAUCCAGAAAAGCGUUCUAAAGGAACUGUAAAUAAAGUUCACCAUUCAAUCGUAGUGGCAAUACGCAUGGUCCAAUCAAAAAAUUGCCGAUUAUUCCUGCACAAACAUUGAUUGAUUGGAACUGAUGUUGAUAAUGAUGAACAACAGUAACAUGAGUGUUUUCAUCAGCUCAUACAUGCGAGUUAUGUAAAUUUACAAUACCAUUUUUGGUAAACACUGCUUCAUCAUUAAAAAGAAUAGUGCUAAUGAAGUUUCCUGUUGUUCGUUGCUGAUCUAACAGCCAGUUUGCGAAUUGGAUUCUUCGAGGAAAAUCUUCAGGAAGUAGUUAAUGCACUUUUUGCAGAUGAUACGGGUAUAACGACUGUUCUUUAAGUAUUUCAGCAAUUGUCGUUUUUGACACAUGAAGCUGCGCGGCUAAUCUUCGAGUGCUUAUUGAAGGAGUUGACUACAGUAUCCAAAAUAUUUUCCUCCAAUUGCACCGUACGUACUGUUCUUGUCACACCAGCAUCAGUAUUUGUUUUCCCAAAACUUUCUAAAAAUUAUUAAAGAAAGUCAAUAAUGUUAUCUUAUUAACUGGGAAUCGCCUACCAGUCUACCUUAGACGUUGGUCAAGUCGCUGAAAAGUUUCUCAUUUGGAAUAUUGCGAUUAGGAUACCUUUCUUCAUACAACUUUCUUGCUUUAUAAGCAUUGCAAGAUGCAAGACCGUACAUAAGAUGCAUAUCUGCAUACUCACUAAAUGUGUAUCCCAUUAUCAAAUUAAAUUUACCAAGUUAUUCAAAAUUCAAUAAAUUAAUAUCGGAGUACUAAAAGAUCAACGUGUCAACAAGAUUUAAAAUGCACACGCCAAUGCAAUUAUUCAUUUAGUUAUUUCGUAGGUACCAUGGUAACGUUUGUAAAAACAGUGCGUUUGUUAACAUGAUAACAUUCUAUUUCAAUGACUUUCGUAUCACACUUUGCUGCAGACAAAAAAUUGGAAAUCAUGUUUUUUUUUUCUCGAAAACGGUUCAUUUUAUCGACAAUGAAGAAGAGUACCUUUUCUUUAGCUUAAUGUUCAAGGUAUCAAAAUUAAUUUUUUUUAACUCCUUAUCAUACAGGGUUGUAAAAAUGUAAGCAUUAAAAUGUACAACUUAGUCCACCUCUGGUAAACUAAACAAGCUAAUUAUGUUUUAAGGGCAGUAUUUUAAGAGGUUCUUACUAUUGUUUAUCAUAAUUAAAUUUUCAUUAACUUAUAUUACUUAGUUUGGAAGUUAUUCAAGAAAAAUUGAUUUCCAGUGGCGUCCUUCUAGGAAAAAAAAAUAUGGGAACUUGUCAUCUUAUUUUUUAGUUCUAUCUGAAUCCGAGAGACCUCUCACAUUUUCCCGGACACCCUGUAUAAUGAAUAUUUAUGGAACCUCAAUUAUUUGACGAAUCUUUACGAGUACGAGUAUCUGAUAUAAUAGUUUAAUUAAAAAACCUAUAUCUUUCAACCUCAAUAUAUUUUAUGCCAAAAACUAAUUUUUAUUUAAUAAGUAUGUAAUACUAAAAAUGGCAAUAAUAAUAAUAAUAGUAACAAUAAAAAAGCAGUCUUCGAGAACUUGAUAAUUAUUUAUAGACUCGAAGUGCUUAUUGUGUAAGACUCUUAAGUUUUCUUUUGUUACUUUUUAACUUGGAAUAUUAUCACUAAACUUCAGACAAUCAUAUUACGAGACUCGGUUGUAAUGUAACAAAUACUUACCUAUAUCAAUUUUGACUACUCCUUUUGGGCGAUAACAGAUAUAUUUAUUGAGAAAGAAAAAAAGAAAGAUUGCAUUUUCUUUCGCUAAAUAAAGCUUUGGAAUAAUGAGUUUGCCAUGUUAUUCUAUUUUAUGGAGACAUAUAUCUUAGAUAAUAUAUGUACAGAUAGGUUACCACUGCAUAAAUCUAUACAAUGUUGAUGUCGCUAUAAUAAAAUCAUUGUUUCUUUUUUCUAAUGCAGGCUCUCUCGCUCAUAUUGGAAUCUUCAGCAGUAGCGUACGUAAAACUGCGUUGGGUUACUUUAAAUGUGAAAAUAGUGACUGAAAGUAGCUGAAAAAAUUAAAAAAUAUUGUUUUAAAAGAUAGGUACGUUUUUAUUGAAGUGAAAACAAAAUAUGACAUAGUUGUCAUAUCAAAAAAUAAAAUAUUAAUUCAAAUAAUAUUCUAUUGCUUCUAAAACAUUUAUGUUUACAGCAAGGAUUUGGAAUUCCAUAAAAUAUCUAUACCUAUUGGACACCUAUGCAAUAGUAGAACUAAAGAAAUACAUAAUAAAGCAUUUAAUUUAAACAUGAAAAAAUAUACCUAAUGAGAGUAAAACAAACUUUACCUAUUUAGCAUAAGUAGAAGUAUUUCAGUUAAAAUAUAAAUUAUCUAGUUUCUUUAUUUAAAUUAGGUAAAUAAAUAUUCUUAUAUUACUGAUGAUAGUUUAUAUUUUAGACCAUGUACAAAUAUACAAUAUGUAUCCAAAACUUAAUAACAUAUUUUUUUUCUUUUCAAAUCGGCAAUUCUGCACUAAUUUUGAUAUUGCAGACAUACUUUUUCACUCAUCUUAAAUUGUAAUGUUUUAUUUCUUUUUCAUCAGUUUAAAGCAGUUCUGGUGGCAACAAAACAUGUAAAGUUGCCAAAACAUCUAGGUUUUUUGAAAUAAGUAUUCAAAUACAAUUCAAUGUAUCAGCUCAGAUUAAUUCUAAUGUUUGAUUUACUUCUUAAUUAAUGGUGACUCAAAUUUUGUUGAUGAAUGUUUCAGAGUCAGACCUUGAACUUAAUAUUGAAGUGUAUGAGGUACUUUUGUUCAAUCUAAAACUUAUUUUAUUUAUUGGCAAGUUUAAUACUUUUAAAGAAGUAUAUAUGGCCCAUAAUCAAAUUACUAUACUAAAAACAUUCAAACAUUAUUGGUUCGCCAAAUAUAUUAAACACAAUACCUUCUAGUUUUUUAUUUUUAGAGGCGACAUAGGUUCACUGCUACUCUCUUUUUCCUGCUUUGUUUGUGUAAUAUAAAGUUACUAAAAAGUAAAGAUACAAUUUUUAAAAGUGCUCGAUAUUAUUUAGAAAGUACCUUGAACAAAUGAUAAUAUUCGUUCAACUGCUAACAUUUUAGUCCAUUCUAGUCCUCUAACCAUAAGUUUCUUCUAAUUCGUCUUUUAGAAAACUAAAUAAAAUAACAAUUUUAUUUUUUUAAUAUUCAUAUUUCAUUUUCCUUUUUUCUCCUAAAACAACGCCCAUGUCCUUUGGUAAGAAAUAAUAUUAACGAGAGAAACGUAACCUCACUUCUUCUUUUAUAUUUGAAACCAUAUAAAACACAAGCUUUUUCCUAGUACAAAUAAGUAAAAACUUAAUUGUUUAAAAAUAACUCGAAAAAUAAACACAGAGAUAGAGAUAUCAAUCUAUUUCUCUCUAAUUAGAACUUUUGGAUGCGAUUCUCGACCAUAUUAUCAAGGCGACACAAACAUUAUUUACUGUCCUCUCUGUACUUCUUUACUCUGAGACAUAUAUUUAUUUCCUUAUGACUGGAGUCAAAUUAAAACAGUGUAAUUCAAAGUUAUUAAAAACAAUUUAGUCCUGUAAAUUUAUACCGAAAUAGUUAAACGUUUGGUUCAGACUGGUUCUCAUAAAACGAAUAAUUGGAACUCAUCGAGAAUCAAUCAGUAUAUUGUUGCUAGAAUAAUUAAUAAUGUCGUUUUGAAAUAUGAAUUUUUAUUUUAAUUUUCUACUGUAACUUGUACCUGUAAUAAUAAACCAUUAAAAAAUUAUUGUCAGCGCUUUUAAUUUUUGGAUUGUAACCGCCCACCCCCUGGUCGCUUCUUAAUUAUUUAAAAGCCCGUAUUUUUUUUAACUACCUCCCUCUCCUUUUGUGAAAUUUAAAGUAAUUCAUACUUACUGUACUUGGCCUCUUUUUUUUCUAGUAGCAGUGAUCGUCUAGUUAAUUAAUUGAUAAUUUAUAUACAUACGUUGUGAUAAUGUUAUCUAAGGUAAACCAGGAUUCGAUGUAAAGUUUGGUACAAAUUUGAGAAUGAAAUAAAACUCAAAUUAUAUUUAACUUAUUUAUUUUAUCCUCAAAUAAAUUAGCGAUACCAUU